GAGGUGCUCUGGUUCCCGGGCUCCUAUCCCAAGCAGGUGGAGGUCCCAGCUGAGGCUCGCCCCAGGAUAAGCCCCUCGGCCCCAGUGAAUGUCACCGUCAGGCACCUCAAGGCCAACUCUGCAGUGGUGAGCUGGGACGUCCUGGAGGAUGAGGUCGUCAUUGGAUUUGCCAUCUCUCAGCAGAAGAAGGACGUGCGGAUGCUGCGCUUCAUCCAGGAGGUGAACACCACCACCCGCUCGUGCGCGCUCUGGGACCUGGAGGAGGACACCGAGUACAUCGUGCACGUGCAGGCCAUCUCCAUUCAGGGCCAGAGUCCGGCGAGCGAGCCCGUGCUCUUUAAGACGCCACGGGAGGCUGAGAAGAUGGCCUCGAAGAACAAAGAUGAGGUGACCAUGAAGGAGAUGGGGAGGAACCAACAGCUGCGGACGGGCGAGGUGCUGAUCAUCGUCGUGGUCCUGUUCAUGUGGGCCGGCGUCAUCGCCCUCUUCUGCCGCCAGUAUGACAUUAUCAAGGACAAUGAACCCAAUAACAACAAGGAAAAAACCAAGAGCGCAUCAGAAACCAGCACACCAGAGCACCAAAGUGGGGGCCUUCUCCGCAGCAAGGUGAGGGCAAAACCUGGGCCUGGAUGGGGGCCCCGUGGCUGGCACCCUGGUAGUCCCUGGGCUGCAGAAGGGGUCAGCUUGGGGACUACCAAUGGGGCCUGGCAUGGCUGCAGCUGGACAGAGCCAAGCUUGGCCGCUGCCCGUGUGACACAGGGGACACUGCAAAUUGAUUUUGGAUCCUCUCCUUUUGCAGGGUGCCAGGAGCCAGUAGGGGUUUAAA